AUGCUGAACGUAAUUGGUGAUCGUAUAUAUUGUGCUAUUCGUGGUGUACUUAGUGGUCAUGAUGGAAAUGAAGAUAAAAUAAAUUUUAUUCUACCAUCAGCUCUUCUUAUUUGUCAAUGGGUACUACUAAUAAUGAUAAUUAUUAAUCAAUGUCAACCAUUUUUAUUUCUUAUUUUACCCAUCUUUCACCUCGUAUUAUAUGUCAUUUGUUCACGUUUAUUUUCAUUUAAAAAUAAUAAAUCUGAUAAUAUUUUCUCUUGGAAUUAUUAUCGAUGGUGGUUUUUAGAUCGAUUAUGGAAUAAUAAUAGAUUUUGGUUACAACAUAUAAUUAUCUUCGUCUUUGUGUUAUUAGAUAUUGAUGAUGGAACUUGGAUUGCUGAUCAAACAGUUUUUAAUUGUUUACAUUUUAAUAAUGAUAGUAAUACUUUUCAAUUAUAUCCAGUUAGAAUUGCUUCUAAUUGUUCUAUUGGUACAAGAACAAUUUUAUAUGAUGGAGUUAAUAUAGAAAAAAAUGUUAUUGUACAACCAAUGCCAUCAGUUAAUGGUUUUGUUGCAUCUCAAACGAUUAUCGAUGGUGAUGAUGAUAAGUCUUCUUCCACAAAUACAAUCAUGACAUACAAUAAUAGACCAUUAUCAAUAUGGUAUAAGAUCUUUCAAGUUAUUGCACUUUGCUUUCUGAUCUGUAUACAUUCGAUACUCCUGAUCAUCAUUUACAAAGUUUAUUCAAUUGUACAAAUACCAUUACCUAUUGAUAUUGCUUUUUGUUGGACAUUAUGGUCAAUUCUUGGUUGUUUUAUUUCUGUUAUUCUAUUGAAAUUUAUAGUUGGUUCUUCUACUGCUCAUCAAAUACAUCCAAUUGCAUCAUGGUCAUAUUUACAUAAAUUAUGGCUUCGUCAACUAACUGUAUCUAGUUUUCAUCAUGCAUGGUUACUACCAAGUAGUAAUGAUGAUACUUAUCCUAUUGUACUUCGUUGGUUAGGUGCUCAAAUUGAAGAUAAUGUUAAAAUCGGUGAAAUAGAUACAUUCUUGUCUUAUCCAACAAAUUUAUUACAUUUUGAAACAGGAGUUACUACUUUUGGUUCAGUAUUAUUAGUUCCAACUGAGUUAACACUUUCAGGUAGUCAUCUUGCAUCUGAGAUAAUGAUUGGUAAUUUAACAGGUGUUUUUCAAGAAACGAAAAGCAACGAUGUAGAAGUUUUUAUUGGUGUUCCAGCUCGUGUCAUGCCGUUCAAAAUGCCUUUAAGAUCACCACUAACAACAACAACAGAUGAAAUGAAAAGUAUUCCUAUUUGGCAUACAUGUUUUACUCAUUUCAUUAAUAAAUCUCUUCUCUUAACCAUCUAUUCAUUAACUGGUGUCGUUAAUAUGUUUAUUAUUCAUACAAUACUUAUCUGUAUCACCUAUCGAUAUCGCUCAUACAUGCGCUAUCCAGUAAUACAACAGAUGAUAUCAAGACUAAGAAAAGAUCAUCAACAAUUCAUUUGUCCAUUUCUUAACAAUACACAAUGGUUAAUCAAUUUAUUUCGUGCACUUGGUGCACGCAUUGGCAAAGGUGUUAUCAUACCUGAUUUUUCUUGUCUCACUGAUUAUCAUCUAAUAACUAUUGAAAAUGAUGUUCGACUUAAUAUGCAUGCUAAUAUUCAGUGUCAUAGUUUUGAACAACGUAUCGUAAAAGUAGCUCCUGCGACGAUUGGAAAUUCAUGUGUGCUUAUGAGUGGUUCAUUUGUAAUGGCAGGCUGCAAAAUUGAUGGGUAA